GUACUAUACUGCUAGCACUACUGAGUCAAAAACAUUUCUUUGUGGAGGAGCCGGAACUCCCUCUGCUCUAGUGCGCAUGUCUCGUUCUAUUAAUAUGGCGCAGUCCAUUUAACUACCUCUGAUGCGGAUCUGAGUAGCUGUCUACUGCGAACAAAAGUGAAUAACUUGCACAAGAAAGUAAAACUACACAAAGAAGUAGGGUAAAGUCGCAACUUUUUUCUAUAUCAAUUCGAGGCAAAUAGCAAAACCGUGGAAGAAGGGGGCCCAAACAAUACAUGUGUGCAAGCAGUAGGCAUUGUUUCAUUGAUUCUGCAACCCGGCGAUCAACUCGCGCCUGACUCACUGAAAAAUGGCCGCAACAACGUUUGAAAUGGAUGGAAGCAUAAUGGAGGGGGGAGGGCAGAUCCUUCGUGUGUCGACAGCAUUAAGUUGCAUCCAAGGCGCAUCUAUCAAAAUCAACAAUGUCAGGGCUGGAAGGAGUACCCCAGGUUUGAGGCCUCAACAUCUCUCAGGACUUGAGUUGGUCCGAGAUCUGUGCGCAGGUCAGCUUGAAGGGGGAGAAGUGGGAUCCACGGAAAUAACCUUAACAACUGGUAAAAUCAAGGGAGGAGACUACACAGCCGACACCAAAACUGCAGGGAGUGUAGUUCUGCUGAUGCAAGUAUCCCUGCCAUGUGUGCUGUUUGCAGACUCUCCUUCUGUGCUGUGUUUGAAAGGAGGAACUAAUGCUGAGAUGGCACCCCAGAUAGAUUACACCUUAACGGUGUUCAAGCCAAUGGUGGAAAGAUUUGGUGUAAAUUUUGACUGUGAUUUGAAGAUGAGAGGUUACUAUCCCAAGGGAGGUGGAGAAAUUAUUGUGAAAACAAACCCAGUGAAACAGCUUACUCCCGUUACCCUAACAGAGCGUGGCACCAUCACUAAGAUCUAUGGAAGAGCAUUUGUUGCAGGGGUACUGCCUCACAAGCUUGCAAAAGACAUGUCGGCAGCAGCUGUUCGAUACAUCAGGAAAGAGAUCAAAGACCUUUACAUUAAUAUCCAGGCUGUAAGGGAGAAGAAAGACGAGUCUUUUGGGAAUGGGAAUGGAAUCAUCCUCAUUGCAGAGUCUUCCACAGGCUGUGUUUUUGCUGCUUCUGCACUAGGGAAAAAGGGUGUCUAUGCUGAUAAGGUUGGGUGCGAAGCAGCUGAGAUGCUAUUGAGGAAUACAAGACACAACGGUUGUGUAGAUGAAUAUAUGCAGGACCAAAUGAUUAUCUUCAUGGCAUUAGCAAAUGGCACGUCAAGAAUAAGGACAGGUCCUCUAACACUCCACACCCAGACUGCCAUUCACGUUGCAGAACAGUUAACAAAGGCUAAAUUUACAGUUACCAAGGCAGAGGAUCAGGAUUCUAAUGAAGACACCCACAUAAUUGAGUGCCAAGGAACUGGGAUGACCAAUGCAAAUUUGUAGAUGAUUUCUAGAAUACUACAAUACUACUUUGAGUUGCGACAAAGCUUUCUUCCAAAGUCCGUUUGGAAAUGGACUAAAGUAGACGUUUAGGUUGUUUAAAAAUAUAAAUAAAAUAAAAAAUGUAAUUUAGUAGAUCCUUAUUUCCUGCCUUGUCUGUUUGCAUGAAAUGGAUUGAAAAAUGCAAGCAGCUGCAGUUGUAUAGUAAACCUGUUUUUGUUCACUGAUCUUUUCCACACACAUCCAACACGGAAUAGUGGACUGCUGUGUGUAAGUUGCUCAGGUGUUCACCUUACAAUAAAAUUAUGCUUUGAAUCGUG